CCAGCAGCCAAGAUCCCUCCGCGUUAUAUACAUCUCUCUCUCCCUCUUUCUUCUUUCAUCUCCUCCAUAAGUUUCCGACCGAUCCCAACCUAAAAAAGCCCUAACACCCCCCCACCUCUCUCUGUCCAUGUUCUCUAUCAUAUCCACCUCCUGAUCCCAGACACACAAGUUUCAUUCAGGGGCUAGCUACCUGCGAUCAAGAGAGAGAACUGAAUAUGGAGAGCGUGAAGCAGAAAUGCAUGAGGGUAUGGGGACGAUGCAAGCGAUGCAAAGAGGGAAGCCGACGCAGCAGCAGCUACAACAUACUCUCGAGGGUUCGAGAAUCACUGCAAAAGAGCAACAAGAAGAAGAAGCAGAAGGUGGCUCCGGAGGGAUGCUUCUGGGUGUACGUGGGACCCCAGAGAGAGAGAUUCCUGGUGAAGAUAGAGCUGGCGAAUCAUCCGAUGUUCCAGGUGCUUCUAGAUGAUGCAGAGAGCGAGUAUGGGUACAGAAACGACGGGCCCAUAUGGCUUCCUUGUGAUGUUAAUCUCUUCUGCGAGGUUGUGGCGGAGAUGGAGAUAGAGAUCGAAGAAGAUAGGAUGAGUUCUGCGUCAUCGUCAUGGGGUUGCUCUUUUCAUCCCAAGAGUUACCCUAACUCAGUUAUGUACAGUCCUCUUUCCUAUCUCUCUAACCAUACUGGCGCUACAGAUUACGAGCUUAUGAGUCCCUGCAGAUUGUAUGUUUAAACUAGCUUUAUUUGUAUGUAUGUAUGUAACCAUGUAUGUAUGUAGGUAUGUAUCAGUACGUACGUUCCCAGAGCUUUUAGGCUGCGAAUAAUGGUAUAAACAUGUAUGAACACAUUUACAGAUGCAUGUGGGAUACGAUUAUUGUGAGUCGUAACAGAAGGAGUGUCUCUAUUCUUUUUCUUCCUUGUAGAAGUUAGGGAGGAGAGACAAACAGCAUCUAUAGCUAACUCAAAUCUAGGUUUCAGUUACGCUUAGAUAUUCCAACUGACAUUCAUCUAUAUAGAAUGUUUUUCUUGUUCUCA